UCCCCCUAAAAAAAAGAUGUCAGCCCCUGGCUGGAGUAUUCCUCCUUAAAAACCCUCUCUGAAAAUGUCAUGUCCCAACAAUGUGACUUCUAACUCGUUUUUGAUGGACUCGUUGGCCGGUACCUGUAGAGGGGAGAAUUAUUCCUCCAGCCAAGGGAUGUACAUGCAGCCUGGGAGCGAUUUCAGCUGCGGAGUCAUGAGGAACUGUGGAAUUAUCCCGUCUCUUUCCAAAAGGGACGAGGUGAAUAGCGCUACCUUGUCUCUCAGCACCUAUCCAUCUUACCUUUCUCAGCUAGACACUUGGUGUGACCCCAAAAAUACGUACAGGAUCGAGCAACCUGUUGCAAGACAGCUCCCAUCCUGCUCCUUCCCAACCAAUGUCAAGGAAGAGAAUGUUUGCUGUAUGUAUAACGCUGAUAAAAGAGCUAAAAAUGCCACAGAGACAGCCCUCUACCCCAACCAAAUGCCUGAGUCUUGCCUAAAUGACCAUGAAGUCCCCGUUCCUAGCUACUACCGAGCAAGCCAAGGUUACCCCUCCAUGGAGAAGACGUCAAACUGCAGCAAUCCAAAUGAGUUUGAGGCAAGUUUUGAAUCCAGGGCGAGCCUGAACCCAAGGAAUGAGCAUCUGGAACCAGCACCACCACCUCCUCCACCUCCUCCGCCGCCCCCGGUGGCUAAAGUGAGUUUCCCCGAAAACACAAAAACAGAUAAUACUCAGAACACAUCCACGAACGAAAUUAAAACAGAAAAAAGCGCCCCAGCACCCAAAAUAAGUCCUUCGGAAGCAGAGAAAGACCUGAAUAAAAACACUGACACCAGCACUGACAAUUCUGACAAUGAAGCAAAAGAGGAUAUAAAGGCAGAAAACACUACAGGAAAUUGGCUGACAGCAAAGAGCGGAAGAAAGAAAAGGUGUCCUUACACCAAGCACCAGACGCUGGAGCUGGAGAAGGAAUUCUUGUUCAAUAUGUACUUGACCCGUGAGCGCCGCCUGGAGAUUAGUAAGAGCAUUAACCUGACAGACAGACAAGUCAAAAUCUGGUUUCAAAACCGCAGGAUGAAACUCAAGAAAAUGAACAGAGAGAACCGAAUCCGUGAACUGACUUCCAAUUUUAAUUUCACUUGAGUGUGCUCCAGCCCCUAUGCAGGCGAGGGAGC